CAGUGAAGCCUGUGACUUAUUCUGAAGAACACUAAUUUCACAUGCUGUGGCUUGGACCUUAUGUUAGUGCUGGGAAUACUGGUAAAUAGUAAUAUAUGCUUCCACUGUAUGUAAUACUGGGACAUGACAGCUAAAUGGAUGUUUAGAUCAGCAAAGAACUUUGAAAUGAAGCUAAUAAAUGCAUCGUCUCAAAGAGCAAACAACUGCGUUUUGAUGGUCACAUCAGUGUGGUUUGACUGAUUCUGCAGCUACACCUGGUUUGUGUAUAACGGGGUCUGCAGGUGAAACAACCCGAAGGGAGAUUUUUGAGCCGGACGUCAGAUCAAGAUUCCCCAGCAAAGCAUCAGGAUAGAAAUCAAGAAAAACAGCAAGAUUCCUAACAAAAGGUAUGUCCACACGUGACACAUGUUGACCUCAUGCCAGAUAUGUGUUUAUAAAAACACUUUACAUGUUGUGUGAUAUCAGUUCAUAUGAGCUAAUGUAAAAAAAUUCAUAACUAGAGACGUGUUGUUCAGCUAACAUACUGCAACAAGUAACAAAAAAGGAACAUCGGUUGGUUGAAGACUUAAUCGAACUCACAAUGAAGGCUUGUCUUGUUGGAUGUCAUGUAUAUACUACUGACAUGUACAAAGCAAGGGCAGGAACUGCUUUCUCUUCACUUCUCCGUGUACCAUAGCCUGAGACAUCCUGCAUGUGAACUUCACUCAGAGAUGGAGAAAGAUAAGCACAACAGACCAGGAGAGGAGGAAGCGCAGUUAUAUUCAAAGAUGGAGUGAUGGACAGCAGAGUAUGUGAACUUCAAUGUAAACGAGGCCAGACUCCAUUAUUCCUGCUGUGAUGGAGAUCCCCAUCCUGCUGCCACUCGCCCUGGCCUUGCUGGGGUUUCUGUGCCCAUGUGUGACAACACUGACUCCCAGAGUCUCCUUCCCCAUGGAUAGUCCUGGGAGACGUCUCAUCCGCUUCAACAGCCACGAUGUCAGCAACACCACCACGCUGCUGCUCAGUGAGGAUGGGGACAUAUUAUAUGUUGGAGCCCGGGACUCUGUGUUAGCACUGAAUGUUAGCCACAAGGACAGCAUCAUACUGAGGAACAAGCUGGACUGGAGUCCUUCACAUGAAGACCUUGAGCAGUGCUCCAUGAAGGGAAAGAAAAUGGCUGAUUGUCCCAAUUUCAUACGUGUGCUGCAGUUCCUGAACACCAGCCACAUCUAUGCCUGUGGAACGUUCGCCUUCAGUCCACGCUGCACCUACAUCAACACUGACACAUUAACAAUGAGCCUCAAGCCUGAUGAAGGGAGAGGUCGAUGCCCCUAUGACCCUUAUCAACGCAAUACGGCUCUCGUUGUAGAUGGAGAGCUUUAUACUGGCACUGUGGCAGACUACAGGGGGAACCGGCCCGUCAUCUCAAGGCACCUCAGCGAGGGCAAGCGUGUCGACCUGAAGCUGGAUGACACAUUAGGAUGGUUGGAGGAUCCAACUUUCAUCAGUUCCACAUUUAUUCCAGAUGAAGAGAAAAUUUAUUUCUUCUUCACUGAAGUGGGCAGAGAGUAUGACUUCAUCGACAAGUUCAUCGUCUCCCGCGUCUCUCAGAUCUGUGUGAGUGAUGUUGGAGGUCAGCGGACCCUGCAGCGACGCUGGACCACGUUUGCAAAAGCUCAGCUGCUUUGCCAAGCUGACCAUGAGCUGCCCUAUAAUGUGCUCCAGGACAUAGACACCCUCCUGCCUGCAGAGGGCGCUCCUGUGGAUGACAUACUCUUUUAUGGCAUAUUCACCUCUCAGUGGUCUGUCAACUCUGGGCGAUCAGCAGUGUGUUCCUUCCGCCUCACUGACAUCAAAUCGGUCUUUUCUGGUAACUACAAAGUCCUGAACCGGGACACAUUACAGUGGAGUGCACGGGUUCAAGAGAAGGUCGCAAAUCCAGGCGAGUGUGGCCUGCACAACGCCUCAGACAAUGCCCUGCGCUUUGUCAAAGAGAACUUCCUGGCAGAUGACAGUGUGCGAGCAGUUGGAAGGAACCUGACCAUGGUGUCUGCUGAAAACACCUACAGCCACCUGACUGUCCAGAGGGUCCAGGCAGCCAACGGCAAACACUACACUGUCCUGUUUCUGCUUACAGAGUCUGGUUACUUGCAUAAAGCAGUGCUGCUACUCAGAGGGGCCCAUAUCAUCGAGGAGAUUCAGGUCUUUGAGCAGCCUCAGCCUGUCAGGAGCCUGAAGCUCUCCAUACCCAAGGGAGUGAUUUAUAUCGGCACGUCGGAGAGCGUCGUGAAGGUCCCGACAGCUAACUGUUCUUUUUACUGGACCUGUGCUCAGUGUGUUCUGGCCCGAGAUCCCUUCUGUGGUUGGGAUCCUGCCAGUAGGGUCUGUGUGAUGGUCUCUACAACAAACGCUAACCUAGGCCAGGACAUAGAAAGAGGAAACGCUGAAGAGGCAUGCAGCAGUGUUUCAUUAAAUCACAAGAGCAGAUUUGGUCCAAACAAACUGCCUGCGGCCUCGUGUCCUCCAGGCGAGCUGGUGUCUGUGUCUCUGAACGAAGUCGUGCGGCUGCAGUGUCCAGCAGCAUCACGACUGUCUCAGCAGCUCUGGGAGCGUCCCAACAGUCGGCUGUCCUCAGACUUGUAUCUGAACUUGGAGGAUGGGAGUCUGAGCUUUGUGGCCACCCCUGCCACACUGGGCCACUACCUCUGCCUGUCCACUGAAAAUGGCUACCAACAGACUAUGGCCAUCUAUCAUGUCAAGCAGAAGACCAGCCCUCUGUCUCAAACUCCAACCAGCUACACCCAGCCUCGGACAAAUGCGAUACCCACAACACAAUCUAUGGCCAAGCCGGGAUCUGGACUCCACAUAUCUGUAGGAACAGAAACGCACCAAGGAGAGUCUAAGACAACGCCAUCCAACAGGAACACUCAAGUCACCACCAGACAGCUGGGCAAAAACCUGACCUCAUGGACAAAGCAGCCUCGACAGAGAGAAUUAGAGCUCCGGGAUGGGGAAGCGCUGCUGGCCGCCCAAGCCCCAUGCUAUUUAAAGGAGCUGGUAAUUGUGUCACUUUUGCUAGUGCUGUCCCUCAGUUUGUUAAUCACCAUAUUUCUGUUUGUCAUCACACAGCGCUGCAACCACAGAACAGCCCCACAAGCAGCAACCAUAGACUCUGACAGAAGGACCCCUGUAGAGCAGGAGGCCCGAAGGGCGAAUGUGUUUCUGAGCAAAAGGAAUGAACAAGGACAGCAAAGUGGACAUGGCAGCGAGUUGGUUUGUAACGCUGCGCUUUCAGGUUCUAAUGGACAUUUGCCUAACACCCCCAUCUAAACAGAGGUACAGUGUUACAGAUGAAAAAAGUCACGUGGCACUCAAAGACUCCUGAUCUAUGGGAAGUCUUUGGCAACAGGAGGAAAAGGUUUUUAAAACUUUAUUUGAAGGGCGAGGAAGUAACGCAAAGCAUUUUAAAGUGGUUUUCAUGGGAUUUGACUUAUUAUUCUAUACAUGCAGUUUUAAUGUCCUGGUGUACAUUGAAAUUACAGCUCAGUUUAGGUCACAAAUAAGGUCCCAUAUGCAACUGAAAGUGGCUGCUGAGGGUGGCCAUCCUAAUCGGUAAGAUCUGUGAUCGUACUAAUAAAUCAAAGAACUGUGCGUGGGAUCACUUUUCUCAACAGCCAUUUACUGGCAGCAUUUGUGAGUAUUGUUGUGGUGGAAUAAGAGGCGUGGGGACAUGAAUGUCUCACAAAUAUAAAGCUUCAACCGUUACACCUAAGUGCCAGACCCUUCCUCGAACCCUCAAACAGGCCUUUGAAGGGUUGUGAAAAAUGUCUUCCACAGUGUCAUUGCUGUGAUCUCAAAUAGCCGGACAACAACACACAACAAGACUGUAAAAUUACACAAUUGUGCCUGUUCUGCACAGCUACAUUUGGAACAGGCGCAAUUGCUGUAUAACCGUGUGUGUUGUAACUGCCCAGUCUUUUUCACAGCUCGAACUGGUGUAUUGAUGGAGAUCAAACAUUUGUCACACUUGGUACUGGACCCGCUGAGGUCCCAGUUCUGAUAACUGACUUGUCUGUAACACUUUCACGGCUGAUUGCCUGAAGCUGACACGCUUUUGUGUGGAAAUAACUGGAAUAAAGUUUGCACACGAUUCUAAAAAGACGGAUUUAGCAGCUGUUUCUGGCAGCCGUAGCUUUGGUGCUCAGUAAUUGUGUUCUCCUAAACUGUAACAUUUAGGUAUUUGUAAGGAGUGGUGACAAAAACCUGGUUAAAAUCUCUCUGAACAGGAGCACUGAUCCAAUGAAAAGCAUAACUGUUGAUUAGCUGUGACGUGUUGGUUCUGAAUGUUCUGGUUGGUCGUCAUAUUAUAGCUGGUUAUGUUCUGACUAUUCUGUUCUCUCUUGAUAGCUUCAUUUGGUAAAAGGUACAGUUCUGUCCAAUGCAGCUGCUUCUUUAAAUAUUUUUAUAGAUUAGUCAAAUGCAACACCAGUAACUGCCACAGUCGGCCAGUUGUACAGUUGUAUGCACCUUUUAGAACAAGAAAUCAUUUGUUUCCAUAUAUUACAUUUUGAUCAAAAUGUGUAAGGAUCAGAAAAUGUAUCCAAAGACGUGCGUGCGCAUGUGUGCGUGCGUGUGCGUGUUCACAUAACUUUGUAGCACAUGGUCAGGGUGAGUCAGCCAAGUUUCUUUUCUUGUGUGACAAAACAAAGUGAAUGUGCCUUUGCUACAUGUUAUGUGACGAUCCUGUGGAGCUGUUUGUACUUCUCACCAUUUGGACACGUCAAUAAAAAAAUCAUCCACAACUGUAAUAAAGACUCAACAUAUUUAUAUUCACUUCAAUAAACAGGUUUCUGAAAUGUUACAAAAUAUAUAAAAAACCAUCACAUUUAUUUUUAUGUCUUCUCAAUUUUUUAACGACUUGGAAAUCCGUCUGCUCUGCCAUCGUUCAAGUCCUCUCAGGACGCUUUUGUACAGCACUCAAUGAACUUCUGUUAAAACCUAAGUAAACUACACAAUUCACUAAUAAAACCACCUUUCGCAGCAUUAACUUGAACUUGAAGUCUUUCACGUUGCUGUGGAGGAAUUUUGUCCCAGUGCUUUACAGGGUUCCUUCGGUUCAUUCAUCCAUAGUGUCUUUAAGGUCCUGCCACAGCAUGUCAUUCAGAUUGGUUUGCUUGUAUAUUUACUGUUGUGCUUGGGAUCAUUGUCCUGCUGCGUGAUCCAAUUUAGGCAAAGCUUUAGCUUCUCAGAAAGAUGGACUCACAUUUGUUUUAGAAUGCUUUAGUAUAUAGAGAAGGUGCCCAGGUCCUUUGGCUGCCCUCCACCAUCAUGCGUGACACUUGGUGAGAGAUGUUUGUGCUGAAAUGCUGUUUGGUUCUCACCACACGUGAUGCUGUACAUUAAUGAUAAACAUCUCCACUUAGUUCUUUGGACAAACAGGAAGUAAACUGGUUUGUUUAGAUCCAACUUUUCAAACCUAAGCUGUGCUGGCAUAUUCUUGGUUUGGUCACGUUUUCUUCAACAAACUUUGAGUUUCUCUCCCGACUGUUUCCAUCCUGCUGUGUCUGAGCCAACUGACUGACAUGUUUCAUUUCCACGUUCAUAAAGCUGCUAUUGAACCUCACAGCAGAAGGAAUUGGUUUAUUUUUAUUAACACUUUAUUACCAAUUUAAGAUUCGUUUUGUAGCACCGUUUUUCUCUCCAUGCCCAAUGGUUUGUCAGAAUUGCUCUGAAGCAGAUGGGAAGUCUUUUUCGACGGCCUCUCCAAACUCACAUGCUGGAAUUCUUGUUUCAACCACCACCUGGGCUGCAUAAUUGGAGGUGAGCUUCCCUCCCUCCAAGACAUCUACAGGAAGCGGUGCCUGAGGAAAGCGGGGAGGAUCAUC